AUAAUCACAAUUCAAUUCCUUAAUUCUUUCCACUAUCUAAAUGAUCUUCCUUUUCCAUAUCAAUCUUAAUUUAAUCACCCCAAUCUUGACUUCUAAGCAACAACAAAAACAUAUCCAAUUAGCUCACGUUUUGGGGGCAACCCAUCCAUCAUAUCCCAAACGUUACUAUAAAUUUGUUCAUUAUAUUUCACAUUCAAAACUCAUAACUUUGCUCCAAAAUCCCAUCUUUUUCCCCUUUCUUUCAAAACUCUAUAAUUUAGGCAUGGAUAAUCACCAUUUUCAUCUUAAUUAUAUCAUGAAAUCACCAUUAAUAAUGUUGAUAAUGGUGUUUUUCCUCUGUUUCAUUGUUAUUACUGAAUCUGCCCCUCAAACUGCUAUUGUUACCCAACUUCCUGGCUUUAAUGGCACUUUUCCCUCCAAACACUACUCCGGGUAUGUAACAGUUGAUGAAAAUCAUGGGAAGAAAAUGUUUUACUACUUUGUUGAAUCAGAAAGAAACCCAUCACAAGAUCCUGUUGUUCUUUGGCUUAAUGGAGGACCCGGGUGCUCGAGUUUUGAUGGUUUUGUCUAUGAACAUGGUCCUUUCAAUUUUGAGGCAGCAAAAACAAAGGGAGGCAUGCCAAAAUUGCAUCUUAAUCCCUACAGUUGGUCCAAGGUUUCCAACAUGAUCUACUUGGACUCACCAUCAGGAGUUGGAUAUUCUUACUCACAAAACACAACUGAUUUUAAUACCGGGGAUCUCAAAACCGCAUCUGACACUCAUACAUUCCUGCUCAAGUGGUUUGACAUCUAUAAAGAGUUUGCUGCAAACCCAUUUUUCAUAGCUGGUGAGUCUUAUGCUGGGAUUUAUGUGCCAACACUUGCUUCAGAAGUUGUCAAAGGACUUGAUGCUGGUUUGAAGCCUGUUAUCAAUUUGAAGGGUUAUAUGGUAGGAAAUGGAGUAACAGAUGAAACCUAUGAUGGAAAUGCUUUAGUCCCUUUUGCACAUGGGAUGGGUUUGAUCCCUGAUGAACUAUACCGGAGGAUCGUCACAGAGUGUGAAGGAAACUACUACAAUCCAACCACUGAUGGUUGUGAUGCCUUGAUUUCAAAAGUUAACCAGGAUGUUGAUGGAUUGAAUAUAUAUGACAUUCUGGAACCUUGUUAUCACUCCCCUAACUCAGGUAUACAGAACACUACUACUCAUCUAAGACUACCUUCAACAAUUUCCAGCUUCAAGGCAUUAGGAGAAACCGAAAGGCCUCUUCCUGUGAGGAAAAGGAUAUUUGGUCGGGCUUGGCCCCUUAGAGCUCCUGUCAGGCCCGGGAGAGUUCCUACCUGGCCCGAAAUCGCCAACAGCGUUUCUGUUCCUUGCAUUAAUGAUGAAGUUGCAACUUCAUGGCUGAAUGACAAGGCAGUAAGAAAAGCACUUCAUGCUGAUGAGGAAAGUGUAGCAGGUCCUUGGGAACUGUGCACAGGCAGAAUUUCUUUCGACCAUGAUGCAGGAAGCAUGAUCAAAUACCAUAAAGAUCUCACUUCUCGAGGCUACCGAGUCCUCAUAUACAGUGGAGACCAUGAUAUGUGUGUUCCAUACACCGGGAGUGAGGCAUGGACGAAAUCUAUUGGAUACAAAGUAGUAGACGAGUGGAGGCAAUGGGUUUGCAAUGAACAAAUUUCUGGGUUUACACAGGGGUAUGAGAAGAAUCUCACUUUCCUUACCAUAAAGGGGGCAGGACAUACAGUACCAGAAUACAAACCGCGAGAAGCACUGUAUUUUUAUAGCCAGUUUUUGGCAGGAAAAAGAAUAUGAAAAUAUUUCAUGUUUAGAGACUCGAAUGUAAUUUCAUCUGACAAAUAAGUUUCUGUAGGAUUACAAUUUGAAAGAAAUAUACAUGGUUAUACUUCAGAUGCAGCA